CUUUUUAAUUGUUUACUCCUCUUCGUCUCCAUUCGCCCUCCGCCGCCGUCGUCGCUUUCUCUUCCUCCUCCGUCUCACGCGUCUCUUCGCCGGUCGUCGCCUCAGGCGUCUCCUCGACGGCUCCAUUGCACCGCCAAAUCGAAUAGGCCAUGGCUUGGAGGCGCGCCCUCACCAAGUUUGGAAGACAACAGUUGUUGGGAUGCCCACAUUUAUAUGGCAGAGCUCAAGGCCAUUAUGCUAUGGACAAUAUUGAAGUUGGUUUGGGUAACAGACUUGGAAGCUUCCAGGUAAGAUUCCAGUCAAGCUAUGCUGGUAAUUUUGCUGGAAGAAUACGAGAUGGACAUGGAAUGACUGAUGUAACACUGCUUAAAGAGCUUUAUAGAAGUGAUCCUGAAAGAGUAAUUAGAAUUUUUGAAAGUCAGCCAUCACUGCACUCAAACUCUUCUGCACUUGCUGAAUAUGUCAAGGCAUUAGUGAAAGUGGAUAGGCUGGACCAAAGUACAUUGCUGAAAACUCUGGAAAGAGGCAUCGCUAACUCAGUGAGGGAGGAGGAGACCUUUACAAACAUUAACAGUAUCGCUGCAUUGGAGAAUGUUGGCCAAAUAACAAAAGAUGGUGUGCUUGGGACUGCAAGUGCACCCAUCCACAUGGUAACUGCAGAAACCAGCAAUUUUAAGGAGCAACUAUGGCGUACAUUACGAACUCUUGCAGUCUCAUUUCUUUUAAUAUCUGGUGUCGGGGCACUUAUUGAGGAUAAGGGUAUUAGUAAAGCAGGACUUGGUCUACAUGAAGAAGUCCAACCAACUAUGGAGUCUAGUACAAAGUUUAGUGAUGUAAAAGGUGUUGAUGAGGCCAAAGCUGAAUUAGAAGAAAUUGUCCAUUACCUUCGAGAUCCUAAGCGUUUCACUCGCCUUGGUGGGAAGCUUCCAAAAGGAGUUUUGCUGGUUGGCCCCCCUGGCACAGGAAAGACAAUGUUAGCAAGGGCUAUCGCAGGGGAAGCUGGUGUCCCUUUCUUCUCAUGCAGUGGAAGCGAGUUUGAAGAAAUGUUUGUCGGUGUUGGAGCUAGGAGGGUUAGGGAUCUUUUUACUGCAGCAAAGAAAAGUUCUCCUUGCAUCAUAUUCAUUGAUGAGAUUGAUGCAAUUGGUGGGAGCCGUAACCCGAAGGAUCAGCAAUACAUGAAAAUGACAUUGAAUCAAUUACUUGUUGAGCUGGAUGGUUUUAAGCAGAACAAUGGUAUAAUUGUCAUUGCAGCAACCAAUUUCCCAGAAUCAUUAGACAAAGCACUUGUGAGACCUGGUCGUUUUGACCGUCAUAUUGUGGUUCCUAAUCCAGAUGUGGAAGGCCGGAGACAGAUUUUGGAAUCACACAUGUCAAAGGUCUUGAAAGCUGAUGAUGUCGAUUUGAUGAUUAUUGCCAGGGGCACACCAGGGUUCUCAGGUGCUGAUCUUGCAAAUUUGGUUAAUGUUGCUGCUCUCAAGGCUGCCAUGGAUGGUGCAAAGGCUGUUACAAUGGCUGAUUUAGAUUAUGCAAAGGACAAAAUCAUGAUGGGCAGCGAGCGAAAAUCAGCAGUUAUUUCUGAAGAAUCCAGGAAACUUACAGCUUACCAUGAAGGUGGUCAUGCUCUUGUUGCUAUCCACACAGAUGGCGCCCAUCCUGUCCACAAAGCUACAAUUGUACCCCGAGGAAUGGCUCUUGGCAUGGUCGCACAGUUGCCCGAGAAGGACGAGACAAGCGUCUCUAAGAAACAAAUGCUGGCAAAGCUUGAUGUCUGCAUGGGUGGCCGGGUAGCCGAAGAGCUAAUAUUCGGGGAGAACGAAGUGACUUCUGGGGCAUCAUCAGAUCUGCAGCAAGCAACCAACCUUGCAAGAGCAAUGGUCACACAGUACGGAAUGAGCAAGGAGGUUGGGUUCGUUUCUCACAACUAUGAUGACAACGGCAGGAGCAUGAGCACCGAAACAAGGCUGCUUAUUGAGAAGGAGAUCAAGGAGUACCUAGAAAGAGCUCACAAUAAUGCACAAACUAUUUUGACAACCCACAAUAAAGAGCUGCAUGCCCUUGCCAAUGCACUUCUUGAGCACGAAACACUCUCGGGCGCACAGAUCAAGAAUCUGCUCGCUCGUGUAAAUAGCCACCACCAGCAGCAGCAAGAACAACCUCAGAUAGUGUCAGCUCCUCCUCAAGUGAAUUCCCCAGCAGUGCCUACGACCCCUCCCUCUGCAGCUGCGUCUGCGGCAGCUGCUGCAGCUGCAGCCGCAGCCCAAGCAGCCGCCAAGGCCAAGGGAGUUGCGCAGCCUGCAGUCGGAUCCUAGUGUAAAAUCUAUCAGCCUGUAUAAUAGUCACUUUAUGCUGCUGGUUAUUCUAUCUCAGGAACCGAUGUAGUUCAUUAUAAGUAAGAUCUGCAGAGGGGCACAAGGGUAGAAAUCAACGGAACUAAAAUUUAAAUGCUUUGAGAUUUUUCAAAUAGCAUCUUUGGCUGCUAUAUCCUUUCUCUUUACUACAAAGAGGGUAGGUAGGAUUGUUGAUUUUAACACCAGAAGUACCACUAUAUUAAUUUGCUUUUGUACUUGGAGCUUGUAGCAAUCUCUCACAAGAAUAUAAAUAAAAUAAAAUAAAA